AUGACCGUACCAGAAAUUUCUUCUGAUGUGUUGGACCUCAUUGGUAACACUCCUUUGAUCAAGCUCAACCGCAUUCCUCAGGCUUAUGGUAUCAAGGCUCAAGUGUAUGCGAAAGUGGAACUUUUCAACGCUGGUGGCUCCAUCAAGGAUAGAAUCGCCAAGAACAUGGUGUUGGAAGCCGAGAAGCUGGGAAGAAUUAAGCCUGGUUAUACUUUGAUUGAACCCACCAGUGGAAACACCGGUAUAGGUUUGGCUCUUGUAGGAGCCGUGAAGGGCUACCGUACUAUCAUCACAUUGCCAGAGAAGAUGUCUAACGAAAAGGUUUCAGUCUUGAAGGCAUUAGGUGCCGAGAUUAUCAGAACUCCAACCGAAGCAGCUUGGGAUGCACCCGAGUCGCAUAUUGGUGUUGCUAGAAAGUUGGAAAAGGAAAUUCCAAACUCGGUUAUUCUUGAUCAAUACUCCAAUGGAGCCAAUCCUGAUGCUCAUUACUAUGGUACUGGAUUUGAAAUUUGGGAACAAACCAAAGGAAAAGUGACCCAUUUGAUUGCUGGUGCCGGAACCGGUGGUACAAUUACUGGUGUUUCUCGUUAUCUUAAAGAGAAAAACCCCAAGGUUCGCAUAACCGCAGCUGAUCCUAAAGGUUCUAUUUUGGCUCAACCCGAAUCUCUUAACGACUCCACUGAAGGAUACUUGGUUGAAGGUAUUGGCUAUGAUUUCAUUCCUGACGUUUUAAAGAGAGAAGAGGUCGACGACUGGAUCAAAACCGACGAUGCUGAGUCGUUCAAGCUUGCCAGAAGAAUCAUCAAGGAAGAAGGUAUUUUGGUUGGAGGCUCUUCUGGAUCUGCUUUACAAGCUGCCUUGCAAGUAAGCAAAGAUUUGACCGAAGAUGACGUUGUUGUGGUGAUUUUCCCCGACUCCAUCAGAUCCUACCUCAGUAAAUUUGCCGACGACGAAUGGAUGCAAACCAAUGGAUUUGACGUUGAAGAAAAAGAGUCUUCCUCCUCCAAGGCUGACGACUUCCUCACCAAGAAGACUAUUAAGGAUUUGGUUGCUGGAAAGGCACCAGUUGUCACUGUUAGUCUUGCUGACACAGUUUCCAAGACCAUUGACUUGUUGCAAACGAAUGGCUUUGAUCAAUUGCCCGUUUUGAACAACCAAGGAAAACUCGUAGGUUUGAUAACCUUAUCAAAAAUUUUGAAGUCUCUUUCCACAAACAAAGUUCAGCCUACCAACUCCAUCAGUUCCAUCAUUAUCGACUUCCGCAAGUUGGCUGAUUUCCAAAAGUCAUUCAAUAUCACCAAGAGUUCUGGCUUUGCCAAACGUUCGUAUGAGCCUAUCACCUUGGACACACCCUUGUCGUUGUUGAACAAAUUUUUCGAAACCAACUCCAAUGCCAUCAUCACCGACAACGAGUAUAAGCCGGUUCAAAUUGUCACCAAGGUCGACUUGCUCUCCUACAUGACCAAGCAGUUGGCGUACUAA